AAACUCAACAAACCAAAACAAUCCUUUGCAAACUGAAAACGCUACUACUGCUACUUACUAACAAUUUCGAAGACAGAAGCGAAGCAAAGAAAUACUCAAAAGACAACCCAGUUUUUCUCUCUUUCUUUUGAUUUAAAUCGUAAGCGAAUGGUGAAAAACAUAAGCGACAGACCUGCAGCUGAGAGAAGCGAUUUACGAUUCAAGGGUGUGCGAAAGCGAAAAUGGGGGAAGUGGGUGUCCGAAAUCAGACUACCCAACAGCAGGGAAAGGAUUUGGUUGGGAUCUUACGACACCGCCGAGAAAGCAGCGCGUGCUUUCGACGCCGCUCUUUUUUGCUUACGCGGCGGCUCUGCUAAGUUCAACUUCCCUGACAACCCACCGGAUAUAGCCGGUGGCAGGUCUUUAACCCCGCCCGAAAUCCAAGCCGCCGCUGCUCUGUUUGCCAAAACGGAGCCUCCGAGGACCCAGGUGGAGCAGUCCACCUCUGGGUUUCAAACGGAGUCCUCAUCACCGUCGAUUUCAGAAGGGACAGUUCAGUUGGAUAGUGACUUGCCAAUGGACGGGUCGUUUAUGGAUCUUUUGACAAUGGGUUCGGAUAAUUAUGCUUCAGAUUAUGGCAUAUUCCCUGGAUUUGAUGAUUUGUCAAGUUAUUUUCUCGGAUCAUCGGUGCCCAACAUCGGUUGUGAAGAGGAUAAUAUUGAAGGGAUUUUAGUCCCAGAAUCUUUUCUUUGGAAUUUCUAAAGCGCGUCAGGGCGAAUUCUGGGCAUUUUAGUAUCCAGAGUUGCAUCCUAUUGAUGGGCCAAUUUUUGUACGGUCCAUCCCUCUUUCUCAUUCUAAAAAAAGAGUCAAAUUAUUGUUUCUAAGUAUAGUUUAAUCGUGAAGUAGAAUGUAAAGUAAAGCAUUGUAGAUUUUUUUUUUUGUAAUUUUUGUAGUAAUUGGUUCAAUUAAAUGAACGAUUACUGUUCUCGAUUUUCUUUUAAUACAAAUUGCUCAUUAUGUCA